CUGCCCUCCAGCCCCCAGUCUGACGCCGCCCGGCAACGUGACGCAGCGAUAGUCGCGCUUGUGUGACGUUUCUACGUCAGCACGGCGCGACUAUUGGCCGCAUCACGGUGACGGGCGGCAGGGGUGAGCGCACAGAAACUAUCGGCCGCGUCACAUCACAGUGCCGGGCGCCGGGCAGGAGUGAGCGCAGCGCGACUAUAUCGGCCGCAUCACGGUGCCGGGCGGAGCGCCCGACACACAGGAGACCCUGCAGCAGCGCUAUACAGAAGAACUGGACCCAUCAUGGAUGAAGAACAUCAACAUUCACAUUGUGUUACCUGUUUCAGUCGACGCUGCAUGAUAAGACCAGAGACUGGUGUUUCAUGUGACCUGGUGGGCUGCCCGCAUGUUUGCGGAGCAGUCUUUCACUCAUGCAAAGCUGAUGAACAUCGGACAUUAUGCCCCCUAGAAAGAGUGCCUUGCUUAAACAAAGGGUUUGGAUGUCCAUUUGUCAUGGUUCGUAACAAACUUGCUGAUCACUUACAAAUAUGUCCUGCGAGUGUAGUGUGCUGUACAAUGGAAUGGAAUCGAUGGCCUGUGAGCUAUGCAGACAGGAAAUCUUAUGAAAACCUAAGUAGAGAUGUUGAUGAAAUAGAACAGCUAGAUAUGGCUUUAGCUUUGCAAGAUCAAAGAAUGCUUCUGCAGUCUCUCAGAGUAGCAACAAUGAUGCCCAAAACAACAGAAAAACUUGAAUCUCAAGAAGAAAUAUCUGUCAUAAAAGAGGAAGUUGAUAAAAUACUUACAAACGGUGUAUCUGGUGAAGAAGAUUCCUAUAGUGCACUUUACCAAGCAACAAUGGAGACCACUAAGAGUUUAUCUGCUGCUCUGGAUAUUUUAAAUAACGCUACAAGAGACAUUGCUAUGCUUAAUGGUAGGCUACGCGAUGCAAGCUGUGAGAUGAACCGGAAUUUCCAGCUUACAGAGCAAUGUAGUAAAAAUGAUACCCUCACGGAUCCGGAAUCUGAAGAAGAGGAAAGUAUUGAAGCUGCUGGUGGCAUGACUUGCAGUUCCUUGAAACAGCUGCAUCAGAAUGGUUCAAGUGACUUUUACCCAGGAACAAAUGGUAGUUAUGUAGUAGAAAGUGAAGACAUUAACAUGAGCCGGUCAUCUACACUGUGCAAUGAUUUCCAUGAUGAGAGAAGGGACGCUAUGUUCACUGUAGGAUCAAUACACAAUGGUGCUGUCUCAGAAGCCAGUGAACAACUUGUAAAUUCGUCCAAUCAUUUGCCCAUUGUUGAACAGUUGUCGGCAUCAUGCAUUACGAAUGGCUCAGAAGAACAAAUAGAUAAAAAAGAUGAACAAGGAUUACGGAAUGUUGUGGUCUUUGGAAGACGGCCUUUCUUGGUUGAUACCUAUUGGUUCAAAGCUAAAAUGGAGAACAAAGCAGUGGACACUGCGGACUUGGAACUACAAGAAGAUCCCAUGGGCCUCAAUAGUAUUGACUUAAUCACGGCAGCUUUGCUAUUCCACUUGGGGGAUUCCCCUGGUGGCAGAGGUAUUUCAGAUAGUCGAAAUGUAGACGGUUAUCAUGUUGACUUUGGAACACAAACCUUUUCAUUUCCAUCUGCUAUUUUAGCAACAAAUACUAUGGUUGGAGAAAUCGCAUCAGCUUCUGCUUGUGACCAUGCAAAUCCUCAACUUUCCAACCCAAGUCCUUUCCAGACACUUGGUCUCGACUUAGUUCUGGAAUGCGUUGCAAGAUACCAAGCCAAACAGAGGUCUAUGUUUACAUUUGUAUGUGGACAACUAUUUAGAAGAGAUGAAUUCUCUUCUCACUUUAAGAAUGUACAUGGUGAUAUUCAUGCAGGCUUAAAUGGCUGGAUGGAACAAAGAUGCCCGUUAGCAUAUUAUGGAUGUACAUAUUCCCAACGUAGAUUUUGUCCAUCAACACAAGGAUCAAAAAUAAUUCAUGAUAGACACUUGAAAUCCUUUGGGGUUCAGCCUCAUUUAACCAGUGACAUUAAAUCUGUAAAGAGCUGUUCUUUAGGGCAGUUUGAGGAUCAUUUUAGCAGUUUGCCUUAUGAAGUUCUGCAGCAUAUUGCAGGGUUUCUUGAUGGUUUUACCUUGUGCCAACUUUCAAGGGUGUCUAGACAUAUGAGAGAUGUUUGUGCCAGCUUGCUGCAGUCCCGCGGCAUGGUUGUUCUGCUUUGGGAAAAGAGAAAGUAUCCACAUGGAAGUUCCUGGCAAAUCAAAGAAAAGGUGUGGCGAUUCAGCACUGCUUUCUGUACAGUGAAGGAGUGGAAAUUUGCCGAUAUUGUAAGCAUGGCUGACCAUCUGAAGAAAUGUAACUACAAUAUUAUAGAGAAAAGAGAAGAAGCUGUCCCUCUUCCUUGCAUGUGUGUAACCCGGGAACUCACUAAAGAUGGCCGCUCUCUCCGUUCAGUCUUGAGACCUGUCCUUUAAUUGCAAGAUGGACUACAGAAGGACACUCACUCCGUUCUGUCUUGAAACUUAUCCUUUAAGCACCAACACUCAAGCACCAGUUUUAACCUCUAUACAAAUAAUUUGUGACACUUAAAUAUUUAAAAGGCCACUCUCACUGUAUAUAACAAUGGUUUUGAAAGUGAUGUUUAUUUUUUUAUAAAUCUUAUUAAAGAGAAAUAGUUUAGGUGUAAGCAGUAAGAAAUGCCUUAAUGGUUGUGGAAUUUUGAACUUUGGAUGUGGACUUUAACCUUUCAUAAGUAUAAAUUAUAUAAACUUCCUUACAGAUCUUCAUCUUAAAGCAUGAUAUGCUUAUUCACCAGUGCCGUUUUCCUGAUGUGCAGACGCACUCAAACAAUACUAACGGUUAUUUUUCUUUACCAUGACCAAAAAUAACGUUAGAAUGUAAAUGUAUUCUUCAGCGUUGGUCACCUUCCGGUUAUCAGGGAAGACUUGCAAACCUCCAGGUUUGCCUUCCAUCAAAUGGUACCCCACACGGAACCCUCUUUCUCCUAUAGUGCUGCAAGCUGACCACUUUGCCAUAAGUCAAUUGUUCUCUUCCUGUAAUACAAAAAUGCACUUAAGUUUGAGCAGUGACAGACACUGCUAGCACUUUCUUUCAAUGCUCUGGAAGUUUUUCAGACUGUUUAGGGAUCAAGUGCAGCAUGUAGAAGGAGUAAAGGGGACUUUGCUGCAUCCUGCUUUGGUUGGGGAAUAUUUUGCUGCACACCUAGGGGGUAAUUCAGUUCUUUUCUCUGCCCAGAGUGGUAUUGCAUACCCAAUGACAGCUACCAAAGGGCCCGAUAGUAGAAUGUUUGCAGCCUCCUGGGGUAGCGAAUAGAAAUUGUCUGAAUUCCUGACUUUGGGCACCAAACCAGUUUGUUUGCGCUGGCUAACCAGGACUUUACAUGGAUUUAGGUGCCUUAUCCAGUCUAUUUGGGUGUGACAUAGGCAAAUAAGCAAAAAAAAUAUAUAGUUAAUUAUUACCCCAGUAGUUUAGAUGGGGGAUAAGGCACAAUAAAGUGCACAAAAACAAUUGAACCCCCCCCCCCCCCCCAGUGUAAUUACUUUUACUCACUAGCUUUAUGGUUUUUGGCAUUCAUGAAGGAGAUUGGUUUAUACAGCAUUGCAGACACAUCUACAGUUUUAACAUGCAGCUUAUUUUACAUAUUUUAAGCAUUGUUUUCUGUUUUACUAAAAGUUAUUUAAAAGUAGAAUAUUUAAAAAAGGACUUUUAGGAAUGUUUUUUUUUCUAUCUGUUUCCUUGUAUGUUUUUACCAUUCAUUUUUUGUGAGCGGAGAUAAAACACUAUUUUCAAUUAUGCAUUUGGGGUUGAGAUUUUAUUCCUAAACAAGUCUUCCACGGCUGACCUAAAGUACAGUGCCUUUUAGGCAAAUAGCACUGAUUUUUGUGUGUCCUCGUCUGUGCUGUAAUUAUUGGGAUACUAUCUUUCAUGUGUGCAGACUUUAUUUUAGGGCUAUGGAUCUGGGUGAACCAAUUUUUACCACACAUAAUGCGCUUUAAAAUUGUUUUUCCAGGUGAGGAUAGGAACUGCUGAUCCUAACGAUCAGCGCUAUUUCUGUCUCCUCUUGUCACCCAGCAAUCAUUAACGCUUAUUUGUAUUGCAGAGGCCUUAUCAGUUGGUGAUUUCUAUCCAUAACUUCUAGGGAUGGUUAACAUUGUCACUGUCAAGUGAGCACACACUAUACUGUUUGUACUUCAGUGUUUCACAAAAUAUUUCUUCUUUUCAGAAAGUUGUUCGAAGACUGUAAACACUCAUAUUAAAGCACUUUGCAUUUGUAUUAUUUUAAAUGUAAUUUAAAGGUGAUUUAAGUUCUCAGCACGGGGUAAGUGGCUUCGUGGGGAUUGCAACUUCUUCUUCAGGUGCAUUACAUCUGCAAUGUUUCCAUACAAGCAGCAUUGAUGUAUGCACAGUAUUGUGUGAAGAACUUUAUUCUACACUUAUCAGUAUUGCUAAAUUUACCAGGCCAUAUUUUUAUUUUGUUUACCUAUGGUGGGAGGGUGUAUCCAGAUAGUACCCCCACCACCACCACCAGAAUUCCUUUCUUUAAUCUUUAAAAAGUUCUGAAUUGUAAUUGAAGUAAGAUGCAGCAAUGUGAGCCCAUUUCAUAAAUUUACAAUAAUUUGGUUGUGUAGAUUUAUUUUUUGGUAUGUUAAAAUUGUUUUAUUUGAUGUACAUUGAACAGCUUUACUUAGACAUAUGGAACAAUCUCAUUGUAACAGUAUUGAAAGGUUAAUUCUUUCCAUUGCUGGAGACUGCAGCUAAGAUUUGAAGCCUUACCUUUUCUGUUAAGGUGGAGACGUUCUCCGAUUAUUCAUUUGAGAUAUCAAAGUCUCUAUAGUAACAUAACAAAUACAUAGACAUGCAUGGUGCCUAGAUUGUUAUCGAUAACAUAAUAAAGCCUUUUUCCCCUCCCCUUUUAAGUUAAACAUAUUUGGUAACGAUCAGUAAUAUUUAAUUCCGUUACUUGGUGUUCAAAAUGCUUUAUUUUCAAUUAUAAAAUAUUUUGGUGUAUAAUAAAAUCUAAUAAAACCA